UAUGCUGUUGUGAUAAAACAUAUUUUUUAAAAAUCCAGUUAUUUUUGUAUUGUGAUUUUUUUUACGUACUUGCACUUUAAUUUUAAGGGAUAUAAUCGGCCCGCUUUGAAUCUGAGGGAGACGUGUCUCACAAGGAAGAAGCCGCCCGUUGAAUCGAGGAAACAGGCGCCAUUGUGGCUCGAACAUGAAACACACGUUAGCCUGAUUGCGACGGUUGGUUUUGAGCCAACAUGGCGUCCAAACGGUACAGUUUCCUGACGGUUUGUUCUCGCUUGCUUACAGGCGUCCAGACGAGCUUAAUCACAGGUUUCUAAACUUGGAAAAGGUGGUCAGGAGAUCCAAAGGAUGGUUCGGGUGGUGUUCCUCCAUCCAGACCUUGGUAUUGGUGGAGCUGAGCGACUGGUGGUCGAUGCUGCUGUCGCACUGAAGUCUCAAGGAUGCAGUGUUCAGAUCUGGACGGCCCAUUAUGACCCAACACACUGCUUCUCUGAGACCCUGGACCCAGAACUGCCUGUGGUAUGUGUGGGUGACUGGUUACCCACCAGUGUGUUUGGUUACCUGCAUGCACUGUGCGCCUACCUGAGGAUGAUCUAUGUUGCCCUCUACCUGAUCUUCUUCAGCGGGGUGGAGUACGACGUCAUCUUCUGUGAUCAAGUCUCAGCAUGUAUCCCGGUGCUGCGACUGUCCCGUCACAGGAAGAAGGUUUUGUUUUACUGUCACUUCCCUGACCAGCUGUUGACCCAGAGGAAGUCGGCCCUGAAGAAACUUUACCGCGCUCCCAUUGAUUGGCUGGAGGAAAAAACCACCGGCAUGGCUGAUAUGAUUCUGGUAAACAGCCAGUUCACCGCAGGCAUCUUCAAGGAGACCUUUCUUGGUCUGAGAGAAGUCCAGACAGACGUCCUCUAUCCCUCCCUCAAUACGCAUACCUUUGACCAGCAGUCCGUUGAGGCACAAGGCCUGGAAGGGCUGCUCCCAGAGGGAACCUCCUGCCUGUUUCUCUCCCUAAACCGAUAUGAGAGAAAGAAGAACCUGGGACUGGCUCUGGAGGCUCUUGCAGUCCUGAGGAGCAGCCUUCCUCCAGGCCAGAGAGCAGGCAUUCAUCUGGUGGUGGCGGGGGGCUACGAUGACAGAGUUACUGAGAACGUUCAACAUUAUACUGAACUGAAAGACCUAGCAGCGCAGCUCCACAUGGAGGACUGUGUCACCUUCCUGCGCUCCCCUUCUGACUCACUAAAGGUAGCGCUGCUGCGGGGCAGCGCGGCCGUGCUGUACACCCCGAGCAGAGAGCAUUUUGGGAUAGUUCCCGUCGAGGCCAUGUACUGCUGCUGCCCUGUUAUCGCUGUGAACUCUGGGGGGCCCCUGGAGAGCGUGGCAGACGGGGAGACGGGCUUCCUGUGUGAGCCCACGGCAGAGGCCUUCUCUAAGGCCAUGGAGAGGCUCGUGAGAGAGCCACAGCUCCGCAGGGACAUGGGACAAGCUGGGAGGAGGAGGGUACGAGAUAAAUUCUCUCUUCAGGCCUUCUCAGACCAGCUGUAUGGGUACAUUGUCAGGCUGAGCCAGUGAUGAGAAAGCUGGAGGAGAGGCAGGAGACAGACAGAAAAAAGAUCCUCUACUGAACUGUGAAUUGUCUGUGGAUGAAUGGAGUCUGCCGAGAGUUGAAGUGGAUGUCUUCUAACAGAGAAUGUAUGUGUAUAUGUGCAGGGUGGAAGAGGAGGAGGAAUAGGAGGAGGGGGGGGGGGUAUUAUUAUGAGGACUUAGAGGACAAUCAAUCAGCAUUCCCCUGGAGGGGUUGCUGAGAGGGGAAAAAAAAGACGGAAUCUCUAUAUCAAUUAAGAAAAGAGUAACGAGUUUACCUACCCUAUCUCUGGAAAAAUACCACCCCUGCAAAUGUGUGUGUGUAAUAUUGCAGUGCAACGACCAAGAGUCUAGCAAAUGAGCCUACCAAAAGGAUUGAUUGUUAGAGUGAAAUGUUUUGCUCUGUUUUUCCCCCCCUUGCUUUUCUACAGUAGUCUUUGUCUUUGUGUGUUUGUGUUUGAAGAAGAAGAAGAAGAAUGUAGUUACCACCAUGUGCCAUCAGCCAGUGCACAGUUCCAGAUCAAUAAACAGGAUGCUUUCCACUACUUCCUGUCCGCCCAGAGCUUUGUUCCCUCCUCGCAUUCAGAAGAUGCUGGCCUGUCCAUGACUCUUGCUGCUGCGUGGAGGUUAUUAGCAGAUGAUAGAGAGUGUUUGGCUUUAUUAGAGGUCUGGCUGAUGGGCAGCGUGUCUUUGUCUGGGUCAUUAUCAACGAGGAGAAUAGCAGAAGGUCAUUGUGUCUGGCCUCCUCAGCCCUUCUACUGUAUAGAAAUGCUCUUAUUGACAUUCCUGAAGUCUUAAUAAACAAGAGGACACAUAGUUUCCUGACUCUUA